AUGGCUUCUGAAAGAGAAGUUGUGUCGCCAGCUGCAAAAAAACCGCGAAAACGAAUGGACGUUAAGAGCGAAGACGUUUGUAAAAACGUUGGAGGGCAAGUUCACAAAAACAGUACAGUGGCAAAAGGGAAGAAUGUUCUCCAAUACUCAACACCACCAAUGGUGACUGUGACAGUGGCUGUCGGUGAAGCAACCAUUCCAAUUAGGAGGUACCACUUAAAAAUCUUGCUGAACCGUCAAGCGCCAUCAGUCCCUGAAGUCGAGCAUGUUCAAAGACCGACAUAUGCGGUGAACAGGGAACCACCGGCGAAGUUCUGGUCUGUAUCGAAAGAUGGAAAAUGGCGGAUCUGGUGGGGACGACGGAAUUAG